AUAUCGUUCUUGUUGGCUUCUGCCUUGUGACAGACGGCAUGAACCUGUAAACCUUCCAAAUGGACAUUGUCUCGUACUGGGAAGUGGUCCUACGACAUUAAUAGAGGACGACAAUUGCGCCAGCCGACAAGUUGAACUAACUGCAAACUUUGGCAAAGAGGAAAUUUUACUGCGUCAAGUUGGGCUCAAUUCAUCAUUUGUUGGCAAGAGAAAACUAAGUUUAGGGGAAACUUACCAAUUAGGAGCUGGUGGGACGUUUUGUUUAUUAGAAAAUCGAUAUCCGUAUUUUAUUCAUUUUGGUCAUUCACCCAUUGACUGGUCUAAACCGUCUUGGAAAGUUGUCAAUAAGACUCAGUUGGACAUGAGACGUACAUUUGAGAGUUUAAGUGAUCAUGAAACACCAGCAAAGAAACAAAAAAUCCCAGCAGAUGUAAGGCUAGAGAAAGACCCUAUCAAUGAGUUUGAAUCAAGUCAUCCAUCAAGUUGCGAUAAUUUGGAAACUAAACAUGUUUGCCCGUUAGUCAACACAGAAGCUAUUAAAUUACAGGAACUGACAAAUAGCAAACAGCCUACAACUCUGCUGGAUUAUUUUAAGCGAGCCAAUAAUGGCAAGAAUCUAGAACAAAGCUGUAAAACGUCAAUUAAUGACAAGUUAAAGUUAUCUGGUGAAUCUGAGACAACUGAUGUAGUAAAAGGAGAUCCCAGUUGUGAAGAAUUAUGGGAAGAGCUUUCAGAACUUGUUGUAUUCACAAGUAAAGGAGUUCAACCAAGUAACAAAAUUGCUGGAUUUGAUCUUGAUGGCACAAUUAUAGUAACCCAGUCAGGCAGAGUGUUUCCACAAGGCCCUAAUGAUUGGAAACUACAGUUUCCACAAGUCAAGACUAAAUUGUUGGAGUUGCAUCAUCAAGGAUACAAAGUUGUUAUUUUCACAAAUCAGUUGGCUGUAGGGAACAAGAAAAUAAGCAUUCAUGACUUUAUUUCUGAGAUAAGGAAUGUUGGAAGAACUAUUGGAGUGCCAGUUCAAGUAUUUGCUUCAACAAAUCGAUGGAGUAUGUAUCGGAAACCAUGUCCUGGAAUGUGGACAUUCAUGACAGAUAAGAGAAAUGGGGGCAUAUCAGUUGCUUUACCCAGUAGCUUUUUUGUUGGAGAUGCUGCUGGUCGAUCAAAAGGUUGGGCUCCUGGAAGGAAAGCAGAUUUCUCAUGUUCUGAUCGCAAGUUUGCUCUAAAUAUUGGUUUGAAUUUCUUUACACCUGAAGAAUACUUUUUGAACUACCGACCUGCCUCAUACGGUCUAGGACAGUUUGAUCCUAGGAAAGCUGUGAACUUUGCAGGGCCAUUGUGUAACCCUGUAAAUGCUAAAGUAGUCAAUGAACGAAAAGAGCUGGUUGUACUAGUUGGUUAUCCAGGAAGUGGAAAGUCAACAUUUGCUCUGAGACACCUUACUCCACAUGACUAUUGUAGAGUAAACAGAGAUGCACUCGGUUCGUGGCAAAAGUGUGUUCAAUUAUCAGAAUCAGCUCUUCAACGAGGAAGGAGUGUGGUGGUGGACAACACCAGUCCUGAUGUAGAGUCUCGUGCCAGAUACAUAAACGUUGCCAUGCGUGCUAAUGUUCCUGCAAGGUGCUUUGUCUUCGCAACAAGUUUGGAACAGUCAAAGCACAAUAACAAAUUUCGUGGUCUCUGUCUAUCUUCUCAACCUGACCACAAACCCGUGGAUGAACUGGCUUACAACAGCUAUAGAUCAAAGUUUGUGAAACCAUCAGUUUCUGAAGGGUUCGUGGAAAUCAUUAAUAUUAAUUUUAUGCCAGAAUUCAAAUGUGAGAGUGACAGAAAACUGUAUGCAUAUUUUCUUGUAUAGUGUUAAUGUCAAUAGCAUUAUAGGUUGUAAAAUAAGUUGUUAGGAGUGUUUGUUCUCUUUUUGUGUUUAAUUUGAGAUGCUCUUU